AAUCGCAUGGCAAGGCAAUCAUCACUGUUGCAAUUGCCACCUCCAGCACUGUAUAAAGCAGAUGACUUUCAAUACGACGCAACUAGCGACUUUAUUGGGUCUGGUUCCUUUGGGAUCGUCUACAGAUGUCGUUUGAAAGAUAGAUAUUCCGAUAAACAAGUUGCAUUGAAAAUCAUCUCGGCGCCGAAAAGACUCAGUACAAGUGAAGAGGCCAGCUUAUUGAAUGAAGUAAGCAUCCUUCUUCGAUUGAAAGAAUGUCCGCAUAUAAUAAAGUUGCUGGGUGUAUGCAUGGACUAUGGCCAUUAUUCAAUCGUAAUGGAGUAUGUUGACAACGGCAAUCUAGAGGACAUGUUACUCUCAGAUAGUAAACAUGAUGAAAUUAAAAAAUGGAGUUGUCGCCUAACAAUGAGUCUAGAAAUUGCAAAGGGGAUGGAUUUUUUGCAUAAUCUUGAUCCUGCAAUUUUGCACAGGGAUCUAAAAACAGCUAAUGUUUUAGUCGAUCGAAAUUAUUCUUGCAAAAUCAUCGAUUUUGGUCUGUCGACCAUGCGGGGAAUUUCAAGACGUUCGGCUAUAAUACAAUCUAACAGCAGCUCGAAGAGAUGGGGAACUGUGGCAUUUACUGCCCCCGAGGUAUUCGCAAACAAAAUAAAUAAGGAGCAAGAAAGAAAAAUGGAUGUUUAUUCAUUUUCCAUCAUAUUAUGGCAAAUGAAAGAGAGGAAGCCACUAUAUGAUGGCGUUGAAAUUGACGUGAUACGAGCGAAUGUUAUCUCAAAGGAUAGACCUGCCCUGAGUGAGGAUGACUGCUGUCCAGGCUUUCGACAUUUAAUAAUUCGUUGUUGGGAUGAUCAGCCUGACGUCAGACUAGAAUUUGCAGAGUUCAGACCUACUCACUGCGCCUUCAGACGUGUCCGCUACGCCUCCUACAUACUGGCUAGACAUAUUUUUGUUCAUACCUGUGGAACGUUUAUAGAGUGA